UAACUUGCUCUCCAUGGCUAUAACAGGAAUCCACAGUUUGUCUAAACAUGGUUCACUAAUCCGUUAAUUAGAUUACCGUUCUCUCCUCAGUGCCUACUAUUCUUAAGCAGUCGCUGUAACGACACAGAAAAGAGAACCUGCCUUUCAUAUAGUCUAUUUUUUUUUUUUUGGCUAGAAAUUUUCUGAAAAAGCAAAAAGUUGUUUUCAGAGAUGGCUGCUGUCUCUUUAACUGUGGUGACUCUAAUCUGCUUGAUUGGCCUAGCUGAUGCACAAGGAGGUGAAAAGGUGUACUCUGACAACAUCACUCGCAUUUUGGACAGACUUUUGGAUGGUUAUGACAACAGACUGCGGCCCGGUUCAGGAGGUGGCAUUACAGAGGUGAAAACGGACAUCUUUGUCACCAGCUUUGGGCCUGUUUCAGAUGUUGAGAUGGAAUACACCAUGGACAUGUUCUUCCGCCAGAUGUGGGUCGACGAGCGGCUGAAGUUCGAGGGCCCCAUUGAAAUCUUACGUCUUAACAACCGCAUGGUGGACAAAAUUUGGACACCAGACACCUUUUUUAGAAAUUCAAAGAAGUCCAUUUCCCACAACAUGACCACACCCAACAAGCUCUUCCGCAUAAUGCAGAACGGCACUGUCCUCUACACCAUGAGGCUAACAAUCAGCGCAGAGUGUCCCAUGAGGCUCAUGGAUUUCCCCAUGGACGGCCACGCCUGUCCUCUCAGGUUUGGAAGCUACGCGUACACCAACACUGAAAUCAUUUUCACCUGGAGAAAGGGGCUGAAAGGGUCCGUCGAGUGUCCCAAAGAGUCGAUGAGUCUCCUGCAAUACGAUCUGGUGGGACAGAUCUUGUCCAGUGAGAUAACCAAGUCAAAUACAGGUCAUUAUUCUGUACAGGUGGUCCAUUUCCUUCUCCAGAGAAAGCUCGGCUACUACCUCAUACAGACCUACAUCCCCCUCAUCAUGAUCGUCGUGCUGUCGCAGGUUUCCUUCUGGAUCAACAAGGAGUCCGUUCCUGCGCGUACGGUCGCCGGCGUCACCACGGUGCUGACCAUGACCACCUUGAGCAUUAGUGCUCGGCAGUCUUUGCCCAAAGUUGCCUAUGCCACGGCCAUGGACUGGUUCAUCGCCGUAUGCUUUGCCUUCGUGGCCUCCGCCCUCGUCGAGUUUGCGGCUGUAAACUACUUUGCCACCUUGCAGGCACACCGCCUGAAGAAGAAGAGAGCCAGACAAGAUAGGCUGGAGGUGCUGGCUGCCGGCAGCGACGAUGAUGACACGAUUUCUACGGACAGCGGCCUUCGGGAAGGCCUGAAGAGGAGGAACCACUCAGUGAGCUACAGCGAAGCUGGAGAUAUCCCUUCGGUGCCCAUCUUCCUCCAGCAGGGUUCGGCUUUUCCUCAAAUCCCUCAGCUUGCUGGAACAAGCCCGAUCGACCUCUACGCCCGCAUCCUCUUCCCCCUGACCUUUGCCCUUUUUAACUUAGGGUACUGGUACAUGUACUUGACCAAAGAAACCAUGGAGUGGGCCACGGACAUGGAUCUGGAAAACUAAGAAGAGCUGGGGAGGGGGGGGGGGGG